AUGAAGUUCACGACCGCAAGACUUGCUACCGCCAUGCUGGCAACUGGUGCCUUCGCAGCUCCACGUUCUGGACUUGCUGAGCGUCUACAGGCACGUGGUGUCCUAUCACACCAGUCCACACCCGCCGAAAAGAACGGCAUCCUACUCAAAGAUGGCGACGAAUCCGCGACAGUCCAGUACAGCAAAAACUGGGCUGGUAUCGUACGGGAGCAGCCUCCUGCGAGCGCUACAUACACGGCCGUCUCGGCAACGUUCACAGUCCCCAAUCCUAAGGCAACCGACUAUUCUGGUAACAAUCAAGCUGUGUCUGCUUGGGUCGGCAUUGAUGGUGAUACAUAUACCAAUGCCAUCCUGCAAACUGGCAUCGAUGCCUAUAUUCAAGAUGGCGUAAAAACUUUCGAUGCUUGGUACGAGUGGUAUCCCAGCAGUGCAGAGAACUUCGAUCUCGACCUCGCUCAAGGCGAUGUUAUUGUCGCCAGGGUCGAGUCCUUCUCGUCCAGCAGUGGUGUUGCAAUCAUUGAGAACCAGUCUACUGGCCAGACAGUUACGAAAUCUCUGGAUGCCCCUUCUGCUUCCGCUACACUUGGUGGUCAGAAUGCUGAGUGGAUUGUUGAGGACUUCAACCUCGGUUCGAGCAUGGUGCCACUUGUCAACUUUGGCAAGAUUCCUUUCACGGGUGCGCAAGCCAAGGCUGGUGGCCAGUCCUAUGGUGUUAACGAUGGCGAUAUUUUGGACAUCCAGCAGAAUGGCAAGGUGCUCGCAACAGUCAAUGUUGCGAGUGACAGCGAAUUCACCGUGACCUACCAGUGA